CGAGGUUCUGAUUGAGUAUUUAACAAGCUGUCAGAGCAUCGCCUGAAGUCUGUGGCAGCACUGACUGACGGCACAUUAUCUCUCACCCACAGCCAAUCUGGACACUGUGCUGUCUCUGCGGAAUGAGACACCGAGCUCGCCGUUACUACGAGCGAUAUCAACGCCAUCGCCAUCGAUACGCCUUCCACUACGAGCGGCGUGACGGAUAGGGUUCCUGCUGAUCUCUGUUGUGGUGACUUACACUGCUGAUUCCACUUCUCUCCUCUUGUACUGCAAUAACAUUUCCCCAGCAGGAGAGGAGGCAUCUUUAAUUCAUGGGCUCAGAUAGAGCUGCUGGAUUUCACCGGCACGUGAAACCAACUUCACUUUCCUCGCUGUUUUUUUUCGAGGAAGGAAUAAAUAAAGGGGGAAUCUGAACGGGAAACCAAAGGUGUUUGUUUUUAUCUCAUUUCAAGGAAUCACACUAAGGAUUAUAGGAGCAAUACUUGUGAUUCCAGGAUAUCUGCAGUAAAUACACACUCGGUUGUUGUCAUGUCACACACGUGUGUAUGUGUGAAGCAGCUGGAGCUUCACUAAUGGGCUGAAUAGAACCGGACUGCACUGAAUAUCUCUCUCUCUCGCCCCCAAACCCAUCAUCCGGCCUGACACCAGGUAAUGGUUCACCUGCCAAAAGCCUGGUGAUAAAUCGGACGCCUGACUUCUAACUGAAUUUAUUUUCCUGCCUCAUGAGUCUCUGCUGACACAACUGUGUCCUUGUGUCCUUGUGUCCUUGACUGCGACCACGAGUCUUCUGGGAUAGAGACGAGUACAGCAGCCUGCACAUUGACAUUCACUGGUAUAUACACGUCAAACAAGUCUUUCUGUUCGUUAGGUUGAAUUUAAGAUGGUGACACACAGAACGGAUCAGAACCCGCUCGUCCUAACUUCACAUUUCUCCCAGACGUCAGAUUGACGAGGCAGCUGUCAGCCGCCUGUCAGUCCACCUGAAGGAUUUUCUCCUCAGUCUCUGUCAGUGGAUGUGAAUUCUCUCUCAACCUAAAUGAACAGCCUUUCUGUCUGAUGGAUUAACUGCCUGUAUUUUUCUGUAGCUUAUUUUUUUAUACACUGUUCCCGGGUCAGCCUUGAAGACAUGGGCAGCUCCAUGGGCUGCGUCAGGCCUCCCCGGGAGGGGGAACUCGGAGCCCCCCCACUUUCACCAAAGAAGCGUCUGCGUUUCAGACGUAAGCACAAGGGCAAGAAGAACAAGAGAGGAGAGGGAGAGAAAGAAGACUACGACCAACAAAGACGUCAUGAGGCUGAUGAAAGAGAGGAAGAGGACGAAGAGGAGGAGGAAAGAAACCCAGUUGUAGAAACCGUAGAUUCAGAUUUUAGCAACAGAGCUCGGACUCUUACAUCAGUGCCUGACACCCAGUUCGCUCAUUCCAAAACAAAUCUGCACAGCAAUACUCUUUCCCUGGGCUCGACGAGUGCCAGUGUAGGAGGCCUGUGGGGCAACAGGAUGCUGGAGGUCUCUCCCAAGCCCAGCCCGGCCUGGAGAGGGGUCUUCUGCCUUCCAGGGGAGGAAGACAGCGUCAGCGCCAUCAUAGAUGUGUCCAGCAUCCCGAGCCAAACCACCACCACCACCCCGGUCAACACAGCCCCAGCCCUGGGCAGCACCACUCCCGGUGGAGGGAGGGUCUUUCGUGUCAGGGAGAAGGUCCAAGGCGUCCUGGAGAAACCUUGGAUACUCCGACAGAAGAAGGAGAAAAAAGACAAGGGGAGGGCGGAGAGAGAGGAGACGAGGGAUGAAGGCGUAAAGGGAGGACCUGAGGGUUCGGUGCAGACACCGUCAGAUAGGGAGCAUAAGGGGGUGGUAACUAUCCGAGAGGUGGAUGGUAAACUCUGCGUGGUGAGGACAAUGUACCCCAGUGACUAUGGCUCUCCGGUGUGGAGGGGUGAAAGCGACAGUGAGGUGGAGGUGCGUAAAGAGCCCCCUGCCCCAUCUCCGGUCACAGGAAAUAUUCUCAAAGUCCUACUGUCGGAGGAGGACAAGAGUAGAAUCCAAAUGGGUGCAGGUGAGACGCCAUCGUCCUGGAACCAGUUUCAGAUUCAGGAGACUAUGAAUGUCGAGGGAUUCAGGUUGGAGUCUCCAGCUCGAGCACAAGAGAGGACGUCUCUUUUGGAGUCGGGCUACGCCAGCGACUUCCCGCUGACCUCUCCAGAAACAGCGGGCACCACUCCCAGUCAGACAGACUGGGGAGGGCUGACCAGCAGCUCGUCGGAGAGACUGGACUCGAUGAUGGAGAGUCCUCUGUCAGCGCAGCAACUGGCAGCUGGAAAGUUCCUGCCGCAGGUUUGUGUCCUGUCGUCCAACCGUCAAAUUCUUUACCUGUGUCUCCGUCCACAGAAAUUAGUACCGAGCCGUUUUCAGACCUGAGCUCCGGAGAAUGUCCGCACAAGUGGGUCCAGACAUUCUCCGGAGUUUGUCUUUCGUAUAUGAAGUACACCUCGUGACAUCCUGAGGUCAGACACGAUCACAACCACAGAAAAACGUCUUUGUCUUUUACGUCCAUCGCCGUCUAGAAUCAACAUCAACGAUCCCACUCGCUCACCGUGAACCCUCCAGAGAAUCUCCUGUGGUUUUCUCACAUUAUCCGGAGUUUUCUUCCUCGGAGA